AUGUAUCUUUUUUUCCAACGCCCAGAGCUCGCGAAAAUUGAUUGGGAUGUACGAGACAACAUCACCCAACAGGCAGAGUGGCGUUACCAAGUAUGCCUCUUCACACCGCUGUAG